ACCUCAGCUGUUCCCUCGUGUGCUCAAGCUUGCUUUACCAGCGCUGCUCCGGUCAUUUCUUGCGGUGUUAACGACUACGCCUGCCAGUGCCAACCUGCAGCUCAAGCCAAGCUGAGCCAGAUCCUCGUUCCAUGUGUCGCGACGGCGUGCCCAGCAGCAUCUCUAGAAGCGGUUAUUACCGGAGCUUCUUCAGUCUGUGCUUGUGCC